CGUGUUGAUAGCAGCCCAACUAGAGACUCAGACUCGAAAGUCGAGAAUGAGACUUGAUAGCAGCCCAAGUUGAAUUUCAACGUAAAAGCUAAGCCCAACUGAUACCUUUACUAUAAAAGCCUCCAGUGUUGCAAACCCUAACUUCCACUAUCUGCACCACUACAGCCUCAACCCUUCUUCUCGGCGCUCCACAUCCAGAACUGCAAAAUGCCGUUCAAGAGGUACGUUGAGAUAGGAAGAAUCGCCCUUGUCAACUACGGAAAGGAUUAUGGAAGGCUCGUUGUUAUCGUCGAUGUCAUUGAUCAAAACAGGGCUCUUGUGGAUGCACCUGACAUGGUUAGGGGUCAAAUGAACUUCAAGAGACUAACUCUCACAGACAUUAAAAUUGACAUCAACAGAGUCCCAAAGAAGAAAACUCUUGUUGCUGCUUUAGAGGCUGCUGAUGUUAAGAACAAGUGGGAGAGCAGUUCUUGGGGAAGAAAACUUAUUGUCCAGAAGAAGAGAGCCUCACUUAAUGAUUUUGACAGGUUUAAGAUCAUGUUGGCAAAGAUAAAGAAAGCUGGAGUUGUAAGGCAAGAGUUAGCAAAGCUUAAGAAGGAAACCACUGCCUAA